CAAUCGACGCGCCACCAGCAGGGGGCGCCGUCAUCAUCUCGCGAUAACAGCGAGACAUCGCGUGGCUUGCGCCGACAUUUGGCGACUGCAGAAAGAAGGGAGCGAGCAUCCGAGAGACGUCCGUGCAUGAAUCAAAGCAGAGUGUGUUAGUUGACAGAUUGAUCGGUUGUAGGCCUGUUGAUUAGCAGUCAGUAUGGCGGUAGUCAUCAGACUGCAAGGUCUGCCCAUUGUGGCCGGCACCAUGGACAUCAGGCACUUCUUCUCUGGCCUCACCAUCCCUGAUGGGGGAGUGCACAUCGUGGGUGGUGAACAUGGCGAGGCCUUCAUUGUGUUUGCCACUGACGAGGAUGCUCGACUGGGGAUGAUGCGCACAGGUGGGUCCAUUAAGGGCUCCAAAGUGUCGUUGUUGCUCAGCAGCAAGACGGAAAUGCAGAACAUGAUUGAGUUGAGCCGUCGCAGGUUUGAGGCCGGAGCAGGUUCGAGCGAGACCGCUCCCCCGACUGCUGGGAACGCUAGCCGCCAAGCUUCCGCCGCACCCAUACCCACAGUGCAGUCGUUAGCAGGGGGCAGAAGCGGCAGUCACGGAAACCAGAGUUUCAUUAACACGACAUCGGUAGUGACUGCAGCCAGUUCUUCUCAAGAGUCUCAGAGUAACAAGGCUAUAGCCAGCCUGACUGGCAUGGUGCCCGGCUUCCCCAACAGCUACAGCUCUACCCCCGGGCUCACCACCUCACUCGGGUCCCUAAAUGCAGGACCGCCCAUUGUGCCGCUUCCCAGCAUGACAUCCCUGCCACCAAUGCCUACGUUGCCCACGCUGCCCAUUCCUCCUCCGGUAUCGUCACUGGCCCCAGUCCCCACUGUCACCCAACUUUCCCAAGGACCGCCAAUGUCCCACCUUCACCACAUGUCUUCGUUGCCACCUUUCAACCCCUCCCUCCCACCGCCUGCAGGACUUGGUGCAGGCCUCCCCAUGGGUGCCCCAAACCCGAUGCUGUUCAACCCCCUCUCUCCUCUCGCAUCCCUUGGCCUUCAAGCUCACAUGAAAGUGGCUGCAGUCUCAGCUACUGGAGCAGGAGUGCCCAGUCCAAAUGAGAUGUUUGUCCUCUUGCAGAAUCUCCCGUACCCCUGUUCAGAAAUGGAGAUCAGAGACUUUUUUCGAGGUCUGGGGGUGGAUGGAGUGCGUUUGUUGAGAGAUGGGCAAGGUCGUCCAACCGGCCGAGCUAUGGUCAAGUUCUUCUCCCCCCAAGACGGCUUUGAAGCUCUAAAACGUGGCGGUGGCAUGAUGGGGCAAAGGUUUAUUGAGAUCACGCUAGGCUCUGAGAGGCAGUGGGCGGGCCUUAACAACACAAUGGUUCAUACUUCCCCACAAAGCGGAAAACUAAACCGCGAAGCGCAGGACCAGCAUCAGCACCAGCACCAGCACCAUGGUAAUGUUGGCCGGAAUCAUCAGAGAGGAAGGUCAAGAUCUCCACAUCGUCAGGAGCUCUGUGUGUACCUGAAGGGCCUUCCUUACGAGACAGACAAAAACCAGAUUAAGGAAUUCUUCAGACACCUGUCCGUGGUCGAGGACAACAUAUACAUUGCUUAUGGGCCCAAUGGGCGAGCCACAGGAGAAGGCUUUGUGGAGUUCAAAACAGAACAGGACUAUAAGACGGCCCUGAGUGCUCACUUGCAGUACAUGGGCUCCCGCUUCAUUCAAGUACAUCCCAUCAGCCACACGGGAAUGCUUGAAAAGAUAGACGCUAUUCGCAAACGGGAUGCAUCACAAAGCGAUAGAAAGAAUCCGGAAAGCCUAAGAUCCCCAAGGAACUGCGCACAUAUCACGAACAUCCCUUACAAUAUCUCAAAGAAGGACGUCCGGGCCUUCCUGGAAGGCAUUGGAUUUUACGAAGAUUCGCUGAAGGUUCUGACAGACAGCCACGGGAACGGAAUGGGACAGGCGGUGUUCCAGAUUCAAACCGAGGACGACGCUCGCAAAGCCGAGCAACUGCAUCGCCAGAAGCUCAAUGGCCGGGAUGCUUUUGUCCACUUGGUGACCUAUGAACAGAUGAAGGAGAUCGAGAGAAACCCUCCUCCUCAAAACAAGAGAGGUCAAAGAAAUCAGCAUCAAAACCAGCAGAAUCAGAGCCAGCAGGUGCAGGCUCAGCCGGUUCCGCAGCAGCCCCAAAUCCACCCGUUUGCUGCCAUUGGUGGGGAGGAUUUUAGCUAUCUAAGAAGUAGCAUGGGACCUCUGAAUAGUUCCCCGUUCGUCACUCCGUUCUCUGCUCCAGGAAACGGGCUGGCGGGUCCUCCUCCACUCCCCCCAUUGGCAGCAGGACUCGGUGAUGUGAAUCUGGCUGUUGCGCCCCCUCUCCUGGCCAGUAUCCCUGGAGCUCCCCUUCUGGAGCCUCCGGGCUUUCGGCCGGGCACUGUGGGAGGGGCUCCAUUCGGCCAAGACGGGCUGAGGGGUUUGGCGCCCUUCGACAACGCCAACAGGAAAGGGAGUGCGGGAGGCCAGAACCGAGGAGCGGGGGCCAACAGCAACAACCAAACGCGGCAAGCGGGAGGUACGACCGGUGGACAGCAAGCUUUCAGUCAGGGUGUGGAGGGCCUCCAACCCGCCCCCGGAGGGACCAACAACCCCAACAGUCAACGCGGUUCCGCCGCCCCGACAGUAGUCAAGAUCCAGAACAUGCCCUUCACCGUGACAGUGGAUGAGAUCAUGGACUUCUUCUACGGUUACGAGGUGCUGCCCGGCUCGGUCUGCUUGCAGCUGGGCGACAAAGGCCUGCCCACCGGCGAGGCCAUGGUGGCCUUUCAGAACCACCAAGAGGCCACGGCCGCGGUCGUCGACCUCAACGACAGACCCAUCGGGGCGCGGAAAGUCAAAAUGAGUCUGGGGUGAACGAUCCGACUGUACCUGUGCACACCUGUGUCUCUCUCUCUCUCUGCUCCCGCACCCUCUACACACCAUUCCUAGCAUAGCAUCACGCUGGCUAACUUCCUGUUUGUUGCUCCGCCCAUUCUUCCAAAUGCAGCGUUUGUUUUUUUUGAUUGUGAAGACUGGCACAAUUUCGGCGCCCCUUGACUGCCGUGACCUCAUGUUUAGUCAGUCAUGUCCGACACGCUCACCUGUACUGUUGCUAUGGCAACGCCAGCCUGUAAAUAUGCUCUGUUGCUAUGGUGUGAUGCUCAAACGAAAACUGUUGUGUUGUUGCCACGGCAACACCACGCCGUGUGCCCCCCCCCCACGUGCUUCUGACUUGUCUUUUUGAAACCUGCGCUUGUUUUUUCGCCUCUGAAAUGUCUGCUCUGUUUCCAUGUUUCCUGCCUCUGUUGCCAUGACGACGAUGAUGAUGAUGAUGAUGAUGAAAAGCCAUUUGUCAAAUGUACCGCUCCAAUGCUUUCUUGUGAUGUUGACGUUCAGCGUCAAGGUGUGUCGCCAGUUUUGAAGACUGGCACAUUGUCACAAUGAUAAAAAACGCUGUCGCCAUGGCAACCGGCUGGGUGGCCAUGGAGUGGGACGGCGGUCUCCUGUUUUUAUUCUAUCAGUCAAUGAAUUGUUUCUGUUUUUAUCUUGCUGUCUUUGGGUUCCACUGAACGCACAGCGCAUCCGGAAAGUAUUCACAGCAUUUCCACGUUUUGUUAUGUCACAGACUUAUCACUUUUCUCCUCAAAAUUCCACACACAAUACCCUGUUAUGACAAUUUGUGAUUUUUUUAAUUUUGCCAAUUCUUUCAAACUAAUAAUGACAUACGUAUUGAUAGCCUUUGCUCAAUUCUUUUUUCGAUGUACAAACCUUGGCACACCUACGUUUUUUUGUGCAGGUGGGUGAAUACAAUGGUAUUCAAAAAGACUCGAGGCUGUAAUCGCUGCCAAAGGUGCGUCAAAGUAUUGAGCAAAGGCUCUGAAUACAAAUGCUUUUUAUGUAACUUUUUACAUUAUAGGGUAUUAUACGUAGAAUUUUGAGGGCAAAACAAAUGAUGUCUGUAACAUAGCAAAAUGUGUGAGAAGUGAAUAGUUGUGGAUGUUGUGUACGUACAAACAAAGUAACUUAUGUAGGUCUGCAGCAGAUUUUGGAUUUGGUAGCAUUAUGUUGAUGUUUUUUUCUCCUUUAAACAUCACUUUUCUUUGUACUGUGCGUGUGAAGACGUGUAUGCUGUGGCCUCGCCUGUCCUGGUGGUGAAUAAAAAGGAUGUUCCCGAAGUUCA